CCGGGAGGCACGUCCAGGGCGAACCGCAAUCAUGCCUUCCAGUGCUCUACCACCACCAUCUGCACCUACACAUCUCAUUCGGGCACAUCUAACUGCAGCGAAUGCCCUGCACUUUUCAUCAGAUAACGAACGGCUGUACUCCGGGGAUGCGGAGGGGAACGUGAUCAUUACUUCGACGCGUUCAUUGCGUCCACUCGCGAACUGGCGAGCACACACGAAUAGUGUCUUGGGCAUAGAGGAGUGGGAGGACAAUAUCAUAACUCAUGGCCGGGACAAUAAGCUGCACGUAUGGCGGCUUCUCUUGGACCCUGCACGCAAGGUCGGCGAGUCUGCGACAACUCCUGGGCUCUCCAAACCUGAGCUGCGCUAUUCAAUGGAUGUCAAUGCGCUGAACUACUGCCGCUUCUCUUUGCUUCCAUUACAAGACCAGACAGAGUCUGGGCCCGUGGCUCUACUUGCUGUGCCUAACCUCAUCGAGUCCGCUCUGGCAGACGUGUGGGAGCUCCCUGCUCAGAAACGACUGCACGCAGCUAUAGGCAAAAGCGGGUCCGCACAACUGUCCGACUCUGACGGCCGUGAACCCAUAAAUCCCAUUGGCAUUAUCAUGUCUAUGCACCUCUUUAAUGGCCCACCGUCGGACGAGAGCAGCAAGAGGCAGCUUCGGCUCCUUUGUGGUUACGAGAACGGCAGCGUCACGCUGCGGGGAUACCGACAUGGCGAAUGGCGGAAGCCAUCCGUGGAGGGCAUAGACUGGGACACGCUGUGGAGUGUCAAGUUACACGUUGAGAGCGUCAUGGCUAUGACCGUUAAUAGGAUGAAUACAUUAGCCUUGUCGGUAUCUGCGGACCAUAUUGUUGGUCGCUACGACUUGGACGUUGCAUCGGAUGGCAAAGAUCCCGAGCGUGUUGCAGAUGCAUGCACCAUCUAUAGGACGAAGAACCCCGGAAACGGCUCUGUCGCCAUUAGAGAUGACGGACGCGUGUGCGCUAUCGGAGGCUGGGAUGGGAAGAUCCGGCUGUAUUCCACAAAGAUCCUCAAGCCCUUGGGCACGCUGGACUACCACAAGAAGAGCUGCCAAGCCGUCACCUUUGCGCGCUAUCAGCAUGAGCAGCCUAUUCCCACGGACGACGCAGACGAGGAAGAGGGAUUCUCGGAAGACGAGAAGGCAGGACGACGGCGGUGGUUUGCAGUGGGAAGUCAGGACAAUAGGGUUUCUGUAUGGUCGCUGAUUUCCUUUGAGAAAACAUGACCGCAAACGAGCGGAUCCGCGAUUGCGUUUUG